AUGUCUCGCGCUGUUGACCAUCUCGUGGCGGAGUAUCUCGCUGAGGAGCACCCACGCGUAGCGAGGGCGUUGCGGAAGGACGCGCCAUCGACGGCACCACCGUUGCGCUCCCCCUUCGGCAAGAAGAGCCUGCAAGAGGUCGUGAUGGCGUAUCGUGUGCAGAAGACCACUCCUUCGGCGCUGGACAACGGCACCAGCUCCCACGAGGAGGCGCAACGGCCAUCGCAAAAGACUGCGAAGACGUCGUCACCAUCGCUGAUUCCGAAGCCGGCAGCGAGGAAGACGCCGAUCGCCGACAGUGACAGCGAUGACGAGUCGGUGACGAGGCCAGCAGCCAAGAAGACGUCGCCAAAGGUAGCUCUGAAGAAGGCGGUCGCAGACAACGACAGCUCCGACGAAGACGAGCCCGUACCGAAGAACUCGAGUGCUGGUAAGAGGCCUGCGUCUCUUGCAGAAGAGGUGCCGCCGCGGAAGGCGUCGAGGACCGAGUCAGAAGGUGCGGCGCGACGCACGCCUCAUCACCUCAACGAGGACGGCACCUUCCGUCGUUUCCAGCGCAUCGACCCAGCCAAGGUGACGUUCGACGCCGAUGCCUUGCGCGACAACCGCCCCGGUAGGGAGCACCUCGUGCUGCGUCAGAACCAGGAGAUGAUGCGCACUAAGGGCAAAGGUUUCAAUAAGCUGAAGCAGAAGAACAAGGGCAAGUUCUACGGCGCUGGCGUCGACCUUAGCGUGCGCGCCUACCAGUUCCCCGAUAGCGACGACGAGUAG